GUACCAACGCCGAUUCCUCCGCCGAACGUGUAGAAGUCAAGGAACCUCCACCUAUGCCUCCUGCAGAUGGAGAUGCAUCCCCAAGUGGGGAAGGUGGCACCUGGGAAGACGCCGCUGAUGAUGAUAGUACCUCUGCUUCAGCUCCACCUGUUACAACACCUGAAGGGGAUGAUGAUGAUGAACCCUCAUCAGAGGAAGCUCCUGUUAAAAUCAAGAAAAAAAACAUUGUCAAAGAAAGAGUUGUUGAAGAAAAAAAAGAGCAUGUAAAUGUCGUUUUCAUAGGUCAUGUGGAUGCUGGUAAAAGUACUAUUGGUGGUCAAAUUAUGGCAUUAACAGGCAUGGUGGAUAAGAGAACACUAGAAAAGUAUGAAAGAGAAGCGCGAGAGAAAAGUAGAGAAAGUUGGUAUUUGAGUUGGGCUCUGGAUACCAAUCAGGAAGAACGAGACAAAGGUAAAACGGUCGAGGUGGGUCGUGCCUUUUUUGAAACUGAAAAAAAACAUUUCACCAUUCUUGAUGCUCCCGGACAUAAAAGUUUUGUACCUAAUAUGAUUGGUGGUGCAGCACAAGCAGAUUUGGCGGUACUUGUAAUCUCGGCAAGAAAAGGAGAAUUUGAAACAGGAUUCGACAGAGGUGGGCAAACUAGGGAACAUGCUAUGUUAGCUAAAACAGCAGGAGUAAAACAUUUAGUGGUGCUUGUAAAUAAAAUGGAUGAUCCCACAGUUAACUGGGAUGAAGAAAGAUACAACGAGUGCAAAGACAAAAUUUUGCCGUACCUUAGGAAAUUAGGAUUCAACUAUAAUAAAGAUUUAUUCUUUUUACCUUGUUCUGGGCAAACAGGGCAAGGUUUGAAAGAUAAAGUAGAUGAAAAAAUUUGCCCCUGGUACAGGGGGGAUGCCUUUAUUCCCUUUAUUGAUAAUAUCCCAUCGCUCAAUCGAAAAGCAGACGGACCAUUUAUAAUGCCAAUUGUAGACAAAUAUAAAGAUAUGGGAACUGUGCUGAUGGGCAAGGUUGAAUCAGGUGAAUGUAAAAAAGGACAAACAAUGCUCAUUAUGCCCAAUAGGACACCUGUCACUGUUGAUAUGUUGCUUUCCGAUGAUGAUGAAGUUAAUCGAGUAAUUCCUGGUGAAAACGUCAAAAUAAAAGUAAAGGGUGUUGAGGAAGAAGACGUUAGUCCCGGUUUCGUUUUAUGCGAUUCCAUCAAUCCCAUUCAUACAGGACGAAUUUUUGAUGCUCAGCUUGUAAUUUUAGAACAUAAAUCCAUUAUAUGUGCUGGAUACAGUGCAGUCAUGCAUAUUCAUUGUGCGGCAGAAGAGGUCACCGUUAAAGCCUUAAUUUGUCUAGUUGACAAAAAAACUGGAGAAAAAAGUAAGACUCGUCCAAGGUUUGUUAAACAAGACCAAGUAGCAAUUAUGAGAAUAGAGUGUGCUGGAGUUAUUUGCUUAGAACCUUUCAAAUCUAUGCCACAAAUGGGAAGAUUCACGCUCAGAGACGAAAAUAGGACAAUUGCCAUUGGAAAGGUCCUGAAGCUAGUGGAAUGAAGUGAAUUUCAGCUAGAGAGACUGUUGUAGAUCUUAACAAUUGAUAUUUUAAAUACAAAUAUGAACUGACAGAUACUGGACAUUAUAUCAAUUGAGUUUAAAACAGUAACAAGUGAACACCACACAAUGUUCAAUCUUGAAAGAAUUGUAAACUUGAAAUGUUGACAUUGCUUUACUUUUGUUCUCGCAAAUGUACACGGUGCUGUUUAAUUUGAUUAACAAGUUGUGGCUGACAAUGAAGUGUAAUUAAUAUAUUUAUUAUGGUGUUUUGGUUUGGCUAUUGGUUUUAAUUGUGUAUAUACAUAUCUAUAUAUAUAUCCAGGUCGUUUGAUUUUUAGUUGACUCUUUGAAUAAAGAUAAAAAUUUCUAUUUUCCAAGUCCUUUUUUGUGUGGUGUCUUUUACCAAAUUGUUAAUUGAAGGACAUUUCAGUUUAAGUUGUUUUUUACGUUUAUUGUAAGGUGCUUAAGUAAAGAGGAGGUAUUUUUUGAAUUCUGAACAUAACGUUCAAUUCAGAGAACCCAACUUACAUUUUAUGUUGUCAGAACUAAAUAAAUAUACAUUACUUAAGAGUGCAGAGACAUUAGUGGCUCGUUGAAAUUGUAUAAUGAACAAACAAUAUUUGCCC